AUCAUCAAAAUUCUAUUGAAAAUAUGUGUCAAAAUGAAGUGAAGUAUUUUUCCUCAAAAUUUGCGAUCUAGCAAUUGUUUUUUAUACGAAACCGUCGAAAAACUCUAUGGAUAGCAAGUAAAGCGGCGAAAUACGUAUAAAGUGUCGCACAAACUAGUCAUCGCAAGUGACAGCGGCUAUUUUAAUAUUUGUAUUUCAUCAUAUUUUCAACUUUUUUCGCGCCGGUUUAUCAGUGCUCUUCAAUUGUGUAAAGUCAACGUGCGCACGAAUUUGAAUAUGAAGUCGGAAGUGGUGCCGAAGAAAACAAAUCUCCUAUUGGAAGAUCCCCGAUUUCGCAUACGACCAUUGCAGCAGGUGGUCUCUGCCUGCACAGGUGCACUUAUUACAGCUUGUUUUAUGACACCUUUGGACGUUGUCAAAACACGACUGCAAGCACAACAAACCACCACAAAUAAAUGUUUUCUCUACUGCAAUGGAUUAAUGGAUCAUCUCUGUCCCUGUGAUCCGAAUAUGCCCAAUCAGCUUAAACCAGAAAAGCGUUUGAAUGGCACAAUUGAUGCGUUUGUUAAAAUUGCACGACACGAAGGUGUAAGUUCGCUCUGGUCUGGACUAAGCCCUACACUCGUCUCAGCGCUACCAUCAACCAUUGUUUAUUUUGUCGCCUAUGAACAAUUCAAACAGCACAUGCUCGAAUUCCAUUACAAAUAUUUAGCCGAGGUGAAGGGUUCGCCACGCGGCCGAGAGAUACCCUUCCAUAUACCAAUGCUCAGUGGUGUGUCGGCGCGUGUUUGUGCGGUCACCUUUGUGAGUCCGUUGGAGCUGAUUCGCACAAAGAUGCAGUCACAAAAAAUGAGUUACGGUGAAAUGUUGUCCACUGUGCGUGUGGUUGUGAAAACGCAGGGUUUCUUCGGUUUGUUUCGUGGUCUACCACCAACAAUACUGCGUGACGUGCCCUUCUCUGGUAUAUAUUGGACAUGUUAUGAGAAUAUAAAGAGCAUGUUUGGUGUACAGGAGCCCACAUUUGGUUUUAGCUUUAUGGCAGGUGCCAUAUCUGGCUCGUUGGCAGCUACUAUUACAACGCCAUUCGAUGUUGUGAAAACACAUGAACAAAUUGAAUUUGGUGAAAAGGUUCUUUUCACAGACAAACCCACGGCUGAAGUCGCCAAUAUGAAUGUAAGACAACGGCUAUGGUCAAUUUAUCGCUUAAAUGGCAUUCAAGGUUUAUUUGCCGGUCUAUGGCCACGUUUAUUGAAAGUGGCGCCAGCUUGUGCCAUUAUGAUUUCAACUUUUGAAUACAGCAAAGCAUUCUUCUAUCACUACAAUGUGGAGAAGCACAAUGAGGCCUUGUUAAUAUCAAACCAAAAAGAGAGGGAUGCUUGAGAGUUAUUGUGAUACUAUACUUAAGUUUUCUGAAAACUAAACAAAAAUUUUCUUCCAUUGGGAACGUUAAAUAACUACUAAUUUAACUUACAGGCAAAUAUUUCAUGGGAGCGGGAGGAAUCAUAAUGAAGUGUAAAUGUCGGAUAUGAUUUGUUAUAGUCAUUUGUACCUUUGAUUAAUUUUGUAGAGUUCAUAAAUUUAGUAUCUUUGUUGUUCUUGACCCCAAUUAUGACGCCAACCGUUAUAGUGGUAGUUAGCACAAGUUACCUAAUUAUACCAUUUGAAUUAGAAGAGUUCGAAGGAUAUAUGUACAUAUAACUACUUUUUUUUUAAUACAACGAGAACAUAAAGCCAUAUUCAAUUUUAUGUGAAUAAAAACGCUUUUAUGGCUUACAACAACUAACAAUUUGUUAAGCCCAAAUAUAUUAAAUUGGUUAUUGUUUUCAAAAAAACGAGUGAAAGUGUUGAAAAGAGUCGAGUGAAAUUAAAACCUUGCAGUGAAUGUGAAAGUGCAUAAAAUUGAAACUCAUUCAAAAAUUAGAAACAGAAACUACACCAAAAAUUUAAAAAAAUUAAAUUCGAUGAAUUUAUUUAUCGAUAUUUUCGGCUGUAAUCGGUUUCUUUUUGUUAAAAAGUACAAAAAAUGCAACUCUACAUAUAAUGUGGAUCAUAACGAGAGUGAUAGAGUGGAUGGUAGAACUGUCAAAUUUCAUAAAUAAUAACACGUGUGGUCGGAUUUCAGUGAUUUCAAUAAAUAAAUUUCAAAUUAGCAAAAUGACCGAAGAAAAUCAAAAAGUCACAACCGAGGAAACAGUCCACGAGACCAACACAGCUGAAACCGAAAAUGUUGAUGCCAAGGAGUCUACUACUGCUGAAACAAAAGUUAAACAACAAUCAGCGACGAAGAAGCAAACCAAAAAGAAGCCC